UUAAAUUUUAUAAAAAAAAGGCAAACAAACAAAAUAAAUAGAAAAGGGAAAUCAAAUAACAGCUGAGAACAUUGAUAUUAUAAUUAUUUUGUUUACUUAAUAAUUAUACUAAUUAAACAGUUGAUUAAUUUAUUUAUUGUUUAAUUAUUUAAUUUAUUAAGUAAAUUAUCAAUUUAUCAUAUAAAAUAUAUAUAAUAUCAAUAAUAAAAUUAAAAUCAUUUAUCGAUUUCUUUAAGGGUAUCAAUGUAAUAAAUUAUGUGAAAGUGAACGUGAAUGCGACAUAUAAAAUUUUGACUUCAGAAAUAAUAUUAUAGAAAUCACAUACUGCAGUUAUAAAAUUAAAUAAAAAUUAAUAAUCCAAAAAAUAAAACAAAAUUGUCCCGUUCUAAAACACAGAAACAUUUUUUUCUUCCAAAAUCAAAUUUUAGUGUACAUGCUGACGACACAAACGAUUGCCAACAAUUUGGUUCGCAAGACACCAAAAAUCUAAUUUUUCAAAAAAAUAUAUAUAUAUAAAAGCUUUGUACACGUGUAUUAAAUUUAACAUAUUUGUAAAAAAAAAUCAGAAACUUUAAUAACAAAAUAUAAUUUUAUGCAUGUUAUAAAGGAAAAGAAAUAGAUAUUUCCUUGAACCCAACGCAUUCUUAGGUAUGGACUUGAGGUUUGGAGCUAGGUUCGGUUUCAUAACAAACGCAAUCUUAGGCUUGGAAUAUAUGUUGGUUUAGUCGAAACUGAGGAUAAGAACGACUCUCUCUCUCUGCUCUUCUCAACUUCUUCUCUGCAAGAAACUCAUCUCUCUCGCUUUCUUAAACCCUUUUUCACUAUUUCUCACAUUCUCUCUCUCUACAACCCUUUAACCUAUUUCCUACAAAAGUUCUGGGGCUGACUCUGAAAAGCCACGUCGCUUAACUUACUGCAUUCUCAAAAAUGGCGAUCGAAAACCACGAGAACCCAAAUCAAGAAAUCAAGCCUAAGAGCAUAAGAAGCAUGGGUGUAGGUGGACCAGAGGAAGAAGAGAAUCAAUGGCCUCCAUGGCUGAAACCAUUACUGAAAGAAGAACACUUCUUUGUUCAAUGCGACUCUCAUGGAGACUCACCUAAAAACAAAUGCAAUAUGUAUUGUUUGGACUGCACUAAUGGCUCCUUUUGCCCUCUCUGUCUUGAACAUCACAAGGAUCAUCGUACCAUCCAGAUAAGGAGAUUGUCGUAUCACAAUGUUAUAAGGGUCAACGAGAUUCAGAUGCAUUUAGAUAUCUUGAGCGUUCAGACGUAUGUGAUCGACGGCGCAAAGGUUGUGUUUUUGAAUGAAAGGCCUCAGCUUGAGCGCGUUAGAGGAGUUAGAGUUACUAAUGCCUGCGAUGUCUGUUCUCGUGGCCUUGCUGACGAUUGCUUUUGCUUCUGCUCUCUUGGCUGCAAGGUAGCAGGAACUUCUAGAAGCUUUGAGAAGGGAGGGGAGCAUACAGUAAUGGAAUCAGAGAAUUCGAGCAACAUUUCAGGAGUAGAGAAUAACAUUCCAAAUCCACAGAGUGUAAACGCAUCAACAACAGUACUUCCUACUUCUACUUCUUUGAGAAAAAGACCUAGAAAGGGAAUACCUUACCGAUCUCCACUGCAAUGAGGUUAGAUCGGCAAUGAAGAAGGAGGUUGUGUUACAUUUCAAGGUUAAUGGUUAUAUAUUAGACAUCCUCAAAAGAGUAGGUAAAUAGCUCAAUACAAGACACAACAUAAAAGGUUUUAACUUUGUUUGAUAACUAGUAACUGUAAAUAUAUGAUAUAUUCUUGUAUAUAAUGAGGAUAGACAGGGGUUAAAAGUGAGAAUUAAGACAAGAUACUGAGGUUUUUUACCUAGUUGGAUUUUUCACAAAGUCCUUGUGUGUAAAUUUGGCUUUGAUGAAUUAUAUAACAAUGACAUAUACCUUUUACAUUCUCUUUUUUUUUUAUGUAUUGUAGAAAUCCGAAGUUAUGUUAUGGAGAUUUCACAUUUGUA